AUGGUCUUUAAGGUUAUCCUCGUCGGGGAAUCUGCUGUCGGAAAGUCAUCCUUGAUAGAACGAUAUUGCAAUGAUAAGUUGACCUCGACCUAUGAGCCGACGCAUGGGAUCAGCUUCAAAGUGAAGUCUAUCAUACUAGACGAAGCCCUCUUAGUCAUGCAGCUGUGGGAUGUUCCGGGUGAUUUAAAGUGA